GUUGGAGAGAUCCGGUCUCCUUUCCUGAUAUUAGUGUUAAUCUGACUUAAUCAUAUUAACACUGACUUAAUCAUAAACAGAUCCAGUCAGUCAGUGAAUCGACUCAGCCAUGUCCUCUCUCCGCCCUCACGCCGUCGUCGUCUCCUUCCCCGCCGCCGGCCAGCUCAACCCCACCCUCGACCUGGCCAACCUCCUCCACCUCCGAGGCUUCCUCGUCACCUUCGUCAACACCAGCUCCGGCCUCCAUCGGAUCCACCAGACCUCCCAAGCUUUCCCGCCCGAAUCUGACGUCCUCCGCUUCGAGACCAUCCCCGAUGGCUACUCUCUCGACUCCGCCAGCGCUCCCAACCACGAGGAGCUACGCCGCUCCAUUAACCGCACCUGCGCAGCGCAUUUGGGGCAACUCCUGCGGCGACUUAAGCAGGAUCCGGUCCUACCGCCCGUCUCCUGCGUCGUCGCCAACUUCUUGAUAGCAUCGGAGGCGGUGGGGGCGGCGGAGGAGAUGGGAAUCCCCUUUUUUGUGCUCUGGACUACCAGCGCUUGCAGUCUCCUCGGAUCUCUCCAUCUGCGGGACCUAAUCCGAAGAGGAUACGCGCCGCUCAAAGAUCAGAGCUUCUUGACAAACGAAUACCUCGAUACCCCAAUCGACUGGAUUCCCGGCUUCGAAGGCAUCCGUCUGAGAGAUCUUUCCAGUUUCAUCAGAACAACAAACCCUAACCACUUCUUCCUCAACUGUGAGAUGGAAGAAGUGGCUUGUGCCCAGAGAGCUUCUGGUGUGAUCCUCAACACAUUUGAUGAAAUGGAAGGCAAGGUCUUGGAUGCCAUCAAAGCUUCCUUGCCUCGAGCCCUAGCAGUAGGCCCUCUGUUCCUGCUACUCAACCAGAUGAAAGGUGUGCCGAAGAAUUUGAACCUUUUCCUAGAAGAUCGCGGGUACAAAGAGUGGCUAAACUCUCAGAGACAUGCUUCAGUCGUUUACGUCUGCUUCGGAAGCUUGGCACGUUUAAGAAGUGAACAAUUGAUGGAGUUUGCAUGGGGUCUUGCUGAUAGCAAGCAUCCUUUUCUGUUGAGCAUCAGGCCGGAUCUUGUUGAGAAUGUUGAUGGUGGAUUGCCUGAGGAGUUCAUCAGGGAAGUCGAAGGGAGGGGUUGGGUCGCGAAUUGGUGCGAUCAAGGCCAAGUGCUUCGCCACUCUUCCAUUGGCGGCUUCCUCACGCAUGGUGGUUGGAACUCCAUGUUGGAGAGUGUUUGCAGUGGAGUACCAAUGCUUAUUUGCCCUGGCUUUGCCGACCAAUUCACAAACUGCAGGUUUGCUUGCGUGGAUUGGGGGAUAGCAAUGGAGAUCGAGCAAGAAGUGAAGAGGGAGCAGAUCAGGAAGCUCGUUGUGGAACUGAUGGAAGGGGAGAAGGGGCAGGAGAUGAGGAAGAAGGUGAUGAAGUGGAAGGAGAUGGCAGAGCAAGCUACUAAUGCAGAGGGAGGAAGCUCUUAUGCUAACUUGAUGAGAUUAACCGAAGCUUUGUGUCGAAACGAAGUUUGAGACAGAAUUUGCGAAUACCAAAUCGAAGAACUUAGGGCAUUCUGGCCACAAAACAGCUUCAUUCAAGCCAUGUUAGUUGAAUAUGAGAGGAUGGCAAAAGCUGAAGGAGUGAAGUAUAUGUAACUGAAUCAAGAAUAAAGUGUUUCAAGUGUGACUUCAUGGUGCUUUCAAUCUGUUCCUGUUGGAAAGAUUUGCUGAAGAUAAUAAAAUUGUCUUGAGUGUCCGAGUCAACCGAGUGCCUAUGCUGACUGAGUGCCAAGUGCGCCGAGCUGCUGAAUAAGUCGAGUGCCUGAGCUACCUACUGGGGCGAGCCCGUCUGAGUGGUUGAGUGGAUGUGUGGUCAGUACUACAUUGUUAGAUUUAAUAUCUCUUAAGGUGGGGUACAUGUAUGAUUUAAUAUAUCUCUUAUGUGUAGAACUCAUUUUUCGUAUCAUCAUCUAUAGGCUGAUAAUAGAUGUAGUUUAUAUA